AUCAGCUGAGGAACAUCAAAAUUGGAAGCGACGGCUAUAUAACAAGAGUACUGACCACUGAAGAAUUGGCCUUAGAUAUUUACAUUUCAGGCACAAAGUAGCCGCUAAUUGUACACCCAAAUGGCUUCUUCACUAAGGGCAGCCAUUAUUAGCCACUUUCGAGUUCCUGCAUCUCAAACCCUAGCCCUAAAUGGCUCAAAGCUCUGGACCGUCCGAUCAAUGUCAUCUCACGGCGACGACCAUCUCGAUAAGAAUCAGGUUAUUGACAGAGUUCUCGAAGUGGUCAAAUGUCACCCCAAGAUCGAUCCCUCUAAGGUGACACCUGAAGUUCAUUUUCAAAAGGAUCUUGGUUUGGAUAGCUUAGACACCGUGGAGAUUGUCAUGGCUCUGGAGGAGGAAUUCAAGCUGGAGAUUCCAGAUAAGGAAGCCGAUAAGAUAGACUCUUGUGGACUUGCAAUUGAGUACAUCUAUAAUCAUCCAAUGUCUAGUUAAAUUCACAAAAUAUCUUUGUUCCAGAAACUGUCCUGUUUUUUUUGUUAUGGCACUAUGCACGCAUAGUUUGUCUUGCUGUGUGUUUGUUCCAACUAAUGGGUAGUUGAUAUGAAUUGAUCCUCAAAGGAUUAACAAUCAUCAACUUUUGAAUUCUAAUUUGGAUGGACUUCUUGCAUUGCUCAGCUCCAUCAAUAAGUAAUAAAUUAUCGUUCCUGUUUCUGAA